UGUCGGGGGAUGUUUUGCGCGACGACCCGCUGCUAUACUCUCGGACGAAAUGACUUGCUUGUCGUGGCGAGCGCUUGCUAAAUUUCGGCCUAAACUAAAUUCCAGAGUGCUGUAAGGACUCCCGCGAGUGUGAAAUAAACUUCUGGAUGUGCCCCCUUUGAGGUACAACAGUCAAGAGGGCAGCCCUCCGGUAACGGUGGAAGUACGCGCGGACUGCUCACCGAGUUUGGGACGAAAAAAAUUUAAUUGCAUAUACCCAGUGGGACCGCUCAAAAAAAGAGGAUAACUAGGAACGAGGAUUCUCUUCAGACAGUUGCUCAGUACAGGACCUGGAAUGGGAGCAAAAACGAGUACCGUAUCACACCCUACUGGGGGCAACGGCCAAUCCUCAACAGGAACGGAUGAGGAUCCGAUGCAGGGUUUCUCAAUGUUACGUUCUCUACCGGGGGCGAUGCUGCAGUCUCAGCACCAACAAGGAAGCCAGUCGCAGACUCCGAGAGUAGCAGGAGACAGUAGACAAAGAGCUCGCUCGCUGAGUUCCGUUCCGGACCUCUCUUCUGGAGAACAAGGACCCAUCGCUGCCUCGGUAGGCGUUUCGGUUGGACAGGCCCUAGGCCUUGCACAACUUGACUUGGAUGAUGCCGACGAAGACGGAGGUCGAGUCUACGCUGCCCAUAGCUUGCCUGCCCAUAUUUGGGCCCUCAAUGGUCUCAAGUGUCCUGUGUGCUCCAAAUUCAUCCUACCCAACGAUAUCGAAUGUCACCUGGUCAUGUGCCUGACCAAACCACGUCUCAGUUAUAAUGAGGACGUACUAGCGGACAAAAAAGGGGAAUGCGUCAUUUGUUUGGAAGAGUUGCAACCCGGAGAUGUGAUAGCUCGUUUACCCUGCCUCUGCAUAUAUCACAAAAACUGUAUCGACAAGUGGUUUCAAGUGAACCGCAGCUGCCCUGAGCAUCCUGGUGACUGAUUUGUACUUGCCAAUACAGGGAAAAAUCAUGAAACAAAAAUUUUGGCCCGUGCGUUGCUGGCGUCGGCGGGACACGGAACGGAGGAAACGGCAGAAAUAAAAAAAAAACUAGUCAAGAGUGCCGCUAGUCCGCGAUGGUGAUUCGUGUACACAGCGAUCAUUCUACCGAAUGAGACUCGAUCGAAUCGAAUGUAAGGACAGAUACCUAACUCGAUCCUUAACUCUACCGCUAAGAGAGGGACAUAAAAUCGCCAUAAGAUUCAACAAUGCAAUGCUAUUAUCUAUACGUAUAUAUAAUUAAUCUAUUACUGCUCUAUCGCUUACUAUCAAUUGUACCAUAUUUAUAAAUUUGACUUAGUUUUACAUCUUGCAGUCGAUCUAGCAUUAAGCGAGACAGUGACUAUUGGUUAAUUUUGUUUUCUUUGGAGAAGGGGGCUACAGGACGAAGCAUAGUUGAACAAAAAGGAUCUGCGUAGCGGGCGGGUGAGCUCUAUCUUAGAUAAGUUGUACUUUUAAUGAUUUUACUACCAAGACGAUGUAUCGUUUUUGUUGUUUGUUGGGGGAUGAGUGCUAGAAAGGAUAUUUUUGAUACUUUCAUAAAAGGGGGAGCCAGGAUGUAUAAGAGACUCGAGUGGAGGAUUUGUCAUAAUGCUGUUGAUGCUGUAGUAAUAAUAAAGGUUCUGAUUUAACCUUC